AUGAGUGAAUUCAGCAUCGAUUAUAUAUUGAACCGCGCUGGCGAUAGAUACAUCGGCACCAAUGCCUCCGUCGGUGUUCUGCAACGAAUCCGCGCCAGCAUUCCAUUUCAUCCGUACGCGCAUCCCGGAUACAAGGAGCAGCGUGGAUCGCCCCCGGCUGUGGUGGCUCUUGAGGAGGGACAUCUACCCAUGUACGACUGGCUGCAGUACACCCGCUACCAUCCGCCCAAGCUGCCACGUGCCCUGCGGCAGAAUGGACCCGCCAAACGUACGCCUGGACGCCUGCCACGGAUCCCCUUCACUCCUGCCCAGCUCCAGGCUCUGGAGAGUGCGUACAAGGAGUCGAACUAUCUGAGUGCCGAGGAUGCCAACAAGCUGGCCGAAUCCCUCGACCUGACCAACACCCGCGUGAAGAUCUGGUUCCAGAACCGGCGCGCCCGCGAACGACGCGAAAAACGCGACAAAGAUGAGAGCUGCGACUCCACCUUCUCUUCGAAUGCCUCCAGUCCGGAACCGGACAUGCUUGUCAUUGUUUAA